AUGUUUUAUUUCCAAGAUGCAGCAGUUCGAUUCACCACAGUUCCUGCUGACAAACUGUAUGUAGUGAAAGGCCAAACUGCUAAGUUUACGUGGGACUACCAUGUUGAUGAUAUCAACACAGAGUUUGAUUCUCAAUCGCCAAGAUGGUAUUUCCAUAACGACAGCUUCAUGAUUGGGUAUGGUGACGCAUAUGACGGUCGUAAAUUUAAGAUUUAUCGAAUUUGUCCAGUUCGAUUACGAAUACCUACAGUACGAGUGAGUGUGGAGGGUAAAGCUACUUUGGUCAUCACAAAUGUAACCCUGGCUGAUUCUGGUACAUAUGGAUGCAGACUGGUUUUACUCAGUGGUUCUCUCAGUUCAAUGCCAACAAGCCAAGCUCAACUGAUUGUUACAAAAACACCAUUGUUUACAGAAAUGCCAAAUGCAACAACAGCAACCAUUGAGCACUCUGACUUGAACAUCACUUGUACAGCGGUUGGUCCCCCAACACCAGUUGUCACUUGGGUGCAAAUAAAACAAUCUUCUACCUUAUUUAUCAUCAAAGGCAUAGGAGGUGCAGUUUUACACUUUGCAGACAUUAAAAGAAAUCAGAGUGGGACGUACGAGUGCAGUGCAGCCAAUAACCCAAGGCAAGUUGUGGUCAGAGCUAGGACUACUGUUAUUGUUAAAUUUCCACCAGGACCUCCAAGCUUUAAUGUAUCAGAUAUCGAAGCAUCUUCUGCUGUUGUACGGUGGACAGAACCAGUUAACGAUGGCGGUAGUAAAGUGACUGGAUACAAAGUGGAAAUUGACUCUAAAAUCUAUAUCAUCCCUUCCUGGACACCUAAUAUUUUCGUCAUUCCUGGUCUCACCAAAAACAGAGUGUACGUUGUCAAAUUGUUCGCCAGAAAUGUCGCAGGUUAUGGGAAUGCGUCGAGUAAGACUUUUACCACUAAAAACGAAGCACCGGGAGUGUGCAGGAACCCAGCCAUCAACGCUGAAGCUAGUCCCCUUGUGAACUCAGGGAGACUGAAUGAAGACGCAUCCACAAACCGCCCCAGACGGAGGGAUUCGUCCGAGAACAGCAGAAGUGGAGAGGCACUACUGCGUUGUAGGUCCUUGCUUCGAAUGGGGACCUUUAACGCCAACACUCUGAGAGCAGUAAGCAGAGUCGSUGAAUGCGAACAGCAAAGAAACGAUGCCAACAUUGACAUACUCGGGGUACAAGAGCACCGAAUCAUCCUUCCCGACCCCAACAACAUUGAAGACAGAGCAUCAGAUGCACUACGCCAGUUGGAUUACAUAUUGAUACGCAAAAAGUGGAGAAACAGCCUGAUGAAUGCUGAGGCUUACAAUUCUUUCUGCACUGUGGGCUCAGAUCACAGAAUCGUCUGUGCCAAGUUCAAACUAAGUUUAAGAACCUCCAAACAUACCAGGAAAAUCAAAUACGACUGGAAGAAAUUCCUAGCCUCACCUGAAAUCCAAGAGCAGUACACAGUGCUGGUCAAGAAYCGGUUUCUGCUGCUCGAGGAAGAUGGAGGUGCGUGUUAUGACGACUUUGUGGAGGCCAAUAAGCUGGCUAUUGAGAAGUGUGUUCCUGUUAAACCCAAGAGGAAAAACUGCYACACUUCUACAAAUCCAAGGGUGAUCCAGGCGAGAGAGAAGGCAGAGGCGGCACAUGAUAGAUGGGAAAAAUAUAGCACUGAUGAAAAUAGAGUUGCCUGGAAGCUCGCUGUAAACCAGCUGUAUGAAACCUACGACCAGGUUAAGGAAGAGGAACUUGAAGAGCAAACAAUGGCCAUAGAGUCCACAUAUGGAACCAUGCAGUACGGGGAAGCAUGGAAACUAGUCAACCGGGUGACUGGACGUAAGAGAGCAAAAGAAGGGCAGGUCUCGGGCAAUAGCCCUGAAGAACGAGUAACAACAUGGUUUACCCACUUCCAGAAGCUUCUGGGGGAACCCCCUACAGUAGAAGACCCGGAGGAGGAGAUACCAACUAUCUAUGCAGACCUUGAAAUCAACGAUGAACCCUUCACUCUCGACGAAUUCAGAAGAGUAAAGGCU